UACAUACCUCAAAAAGCUAGUGCUGGUUCUUGCUUGGUUGUCCUUGGUCGUCAUUCCAGCUUGUGACCUGCUAGUCAUGGAUGCGUUAUUUGUCCCUCUCGCAUCUGCCAUCGGUGCAUCCGUGGACCAGAUCAAGCUCAUCUCAUGUCUACUAAUAGCAUGCCCCCUAGGAAGUCUCUUCAUCCGUAUACCAGCAUCUCAGCCCAAUCUCAAGCAUCUCUUCAAUCUACUCGUCUCGGUUUUCUUUUUCAUACCAGUUUUAAACCUGUCAUGGGGCUUCGUCCAGCUAUUAGGGAGUGUUCUUGGAACGUAUUACAUUGCGGCUAAUGUAAAAGGCUCCAACAUGCCGUGGAUAGUUUUCGCUUUCGUCAUGGGUCAUCUCACAGUCAACCACGUCAUACGAGCAUUUUACAACCUAAGCUAUGAAACCUUUGAGGUUACAGGGCCUCAAAUGGUGCUGACUAUGAAACUCACGACCUUUGCAUGGAAUGUCUGGGAUGGUAGAACGGCCCCUGAAAAUCUGGACAAAUGGCAAUUACAAAAGCGUGUCACAAAAUAUCCCACACUACUCGAGUUUCUUGGUUAUUCCUUUUAUUUCCCGGGUGUUCUAGUCGGGCCAUAUCUUGACUACGCGUCAUACAUCUCCUUGAUCGAUGAAUCACUCUUCGAAGGCAAGCGCAGUCCUAGUUCAACAAGGUCCAUUCCGGACGGCAGAAAGCGAGUCGCAUAUCGCAAGAUGUUAACUGGUUUGGUCUUCUUGGGAAUCUUUGUGGUUUUGAGUCCCUCAUUCUACUACGCCAUCGUGAUCACCCCGUGGUUUAUGACCCAAGGAUUUCUCUACAGGAUGGUAUAUUUCCAGCUUUCUGGUUUCAUCGAGCGGUCUAAGUACUAUGCGAUCUGGACGCUCACAGAGGGUGCGAGUAUUCUGACAGGAUUAGGGUUUACUGGGUAUGGCCCUUCAGGCGAAUCCACAUGGGAAGGUGCCGCCAACGUCAAAGUCCUCGAGAUUGAGCUCCCUUCGAACUUCAAAGUUCUGCUUGAUUCAUGGAAUAUCAACACGAACAUCUGGCUCAGGGAAUGUAUAUACAAACGUGUAACCCCCAAAGGGAAGAAGCCUGGCUUUCGCAGCAGCAUGUUGACUUUUGCGACGAGCGCCUUCUGGCAUGGCAUUGCGACAGGCUACUACCUGACUUUCUUCUUCGGUGGAUUCAUCACUACUGCAGGCCGUCUCUGCCGUGCCAACCUACGUCCAUUCGUCCUCCCCCCUCCAGGAGCACCCACAACAGUCACGAAACGCAGUUACGAUUUGACCGGAACUUUCGUCAGCAUCCUCAUUCUGAACUACGUGGCAGCGCCGUUUAUGCUGCUAAACUUUACUGAUUCUAUCGAGGCUUGGCGUCGGCUCCAUUGGUACGGCUUUUGGAUGAUUGGCUCGACACUCGCUUUCUUCUGGCUUGGUGGCUCCACGUUCUUGAAGGCUCUACAGAAGAAGGAAGGAAAAAUCGCUGAGAAGGCCGUGACGCCGGAAUCUCAUGUCAUGCCACCAUCUCUGGAUGAUAUGGCAGAGGAGCUGAAGGAAUUACAGCACAGGAUGAAAGAGUAGGCCGAGCUUGCAUACUUAUCUAGACGGGCUCCAACAAUUGAUACCUAUGUUCAAUCAA